CGUUCGGUUUGACUUAAAAGCACCCGACUACUUAAACUGCGACCAUGUUGUCAAAAACUGUCCUGUAUAUUGCUUUCAUCUCGAUAGAGGUUUGUUUUGUCCAUGGGAAAGCAGUGCCUAGCUUCUUGCCAUGCCCUAAUGGCUGGAUCACCUAUGAAGGAUCUCCAUCCUGUUACAAAGUUCCACAUCAACCAACCAACAGUUGGCACGAAGCGAGAAAGACAUGUAUAUCUAUGGGAAGCGACCUUGCUGUGAUUUCCUCCACCAAAGAAAGCAAUUUUGUAUCAAUGCUUAUUCACACUUACUUUCCACAUACAUCGUUUGGAUGGAUUGGGUUCCUUGCAGAUACCAAGCGAAAUUUCUUUUGGGUCGAUGGUUCCCCCUUGAAAGGCAAUUUCUUGAACUGGGCAAAAGGCGAACCUAACAAUGCGUUCGUCAAAAAUGAAGAUUGUGGUUCUAUUUUUGUUGACAAACGUAAUAUGAAAUGGAAUGAUCUUUUAUGUUUGUGGAAUAGGAAAAUAGGCUAUGCGUGUGAGAAGCAGAGAGCUAGCGCUAAAGUAGCUUGCUAGAUAUAGCAUCACACCUCAGUGGAAGUAGCAAAGCACUAUGUAUUCACAUCUAAAAUGGCAUCAAUAAAAAGUGAUAAAUGUGAUAACA